AUGAGGGUGUUUGAGCAAUAUCGGCUUGAGGGAAUUAGGCGUCAACUGGAAUUGUCAUCCUUAUCAAUAAGAUGGUUAGGUAGUGUACCUGUUUUCCGGUUAUUCAAGACUCUGUCUACUAUAUUACCCGCAUGUUUCCUUAUCUUUUUAUGUCUUAUAUCUAUCGCCUUUAUUUUGCCCAGUUUUCUGUUCAACGAACUCUUCCCGCAGCCAUUGCUCCAUGGAUCGAUCACAUUUCGAAGAGGAAAAAGCUCGGAGAAACAUCCAUGGAAUAAUCUACGGAUCGAUUCAAACUUCCAGGAAACCAAACGAAUUCUGGCAUCAGUAAGACGAGAUUUGCUUGAAGCUGCUCAUCAGCUGAAAAAUGUUAAUUUGGAACAUGAAAUAAUUACGAAACAAAUGGCUGAUGCAAGAAAUGAAUUGAAAAUUCUACUACUGGAUAUCGAAGAUAUGGAAUUAUACCGUCGAGAAUUGAUUGCUAAAAAUCGUGUGCCACUGUAUCUUCCUGCUGCACCCGCUGUUACCUUUAGUAAUGGUUAUAAAGACAAAGUAACAAUGACGAGUCCGAGUAUAGCUUCGUUUGAAGCAGUCUUCGAUUUCAGCAAGUGCUCAAUAGCUGGAAAUUUUGAUAUUUACAUUUACAAACCUGGGGAGAAUGCGUCGGAACAUGCUGUGAGUUAUUACAAUUUGUUCAGCCAGUUUCGUAUAGUAACCAGUCGACCGAAUGAUGCAUGUAUUUUGUUUGCGUUUGUGGAUAACACGAAUGAUGUAAAAGAUUUGAAAUACUGGAAUAAUGGUCAGAAUCAUGUCCUUCUAAAUGUUGGUGUCAAUUCGCUCUCAUAUUAUUCGAAUUCAGUUAUUGUUUCUGCACUGUACGACUACAGGAUGUUCAAAGACAAUUUCGAUAUAUCUCUGAAUGUAAGAGUUCCUAAUCAUGACAAAAAUCACUGGAAACAAUUAUCUCCUUUGUUGCCUUUAGCAAGAAAAUAUCUAUUAGCAUGUGUUAGUACAAUAUCGGAAGAAAUUUCAUCAAAUGUGAAGGAACAGCUGGAAUUAUUGGCAAGUUCAGCGGAGUCUGUUGGCGAUCAGGUAUUUCUGGACAUCAACUGCCGGGAAAAUUGUACUUCAAGAAAUAAUGUUUACUCCGAAUCGGUGUUCGCUGUUAUACUUUUCCAAACUGGACAAAGUCCUACAACUGUAUUCCAUGAUCAGAUACUCGCCGCUCUUCAAUGUGGAGCUAUACCGGUGAUAACCACAUUACUGCCACCUUUGCCUUUUAUGGAGUUGUUAGAUUGGCGACGAGCUGUAUACACUUUACCAUUGCAACGAUUACCUGAAUUGCAUUUUAUUUUACGCUCCUUUGCACCAGCUGAUAUUUUGGAAAUGAGGCGUCAAGGACGAUUUUUGCUGGAAAAUUAUCUCAUUGAUAAAAAAGUGGUUGCUGAAACAUUAAUAGCAGCAUUAAGAUUCCGUAUUGGCGUACCUGGUGAACAAGCGAUUGCUACACAAGCUAAUCCAUUGUUUGGUAAUCAACAGUUCACUGCUCCACAUUUAGUUCUAGUGAAACCGGUAGAUGAAGAAUAUUUAGGGCCACGUGAAGCUCCACAUAUAUCUUUUCCCUAUACGCAUAAUUUCACAUCUUUUCAAAUGUAUUCAUAUUACUGGUGGAAUAGCUUUGGUCGCGUAGCAGGAAGAUCACUGGAAUAUAUAAUUAAUGAACCACCAUUUCCAUCUCAGUUUGAAUAUGGCGAAGGUCUUGAAUGGGGUUUUCGCCCGAUUGCUCCACCAGCUAGUGGCGCAACUUUUUCGAAUUCUCUUGGCGGUAAUAGACCACGUGAGCAGUUUACAGUAGUACUUUUGACAUAUCAACGAGAUGCUGUAUUGGCUUCUGCACUGGAAAGGCUCAACAAUAUGCCAUAUUUAAAUAAAGUAUUGGUAAUUUGGAAUGGACGUGAGCCACCACUUGAACGUAACUGGCCACGACUACACGUUCCCGUCAUUUUCAUUAACUCGACUGUGAAUUCAUUGAAUAACCGCUUUUUACCAUAUGAACAGAUUAAGACGGAAGCAGUGCUUUCAUUGGAUGAUGAUAUUGAUCUCAGGCAACAUGAAAUUAUUUUUGCAUUCAGAGUGUGGCGUGAACAAAGAACGAAAAUUGUUGGCUUCCCAGCUCGACGUCAUUCUCAACAAGGAAAUGAAAUUUUAUAUGACAGCAAUCACACAUGUCAAUUCAGUAUGAUAUUAACAGGAGCUGCAUUUAUUCAUAAGGCUUAUUUAUAUGCUUAUACAUAUGGUAUGCCACAGGUAAUAAGGGAUAAAGUGGAUGAAUUUAUGAACUGUGAAGAUUUGGCAAUGAAUUUUUUUGUUGCUCAUCUAACGCGUGAACCACCUAUUAAAACGACCAGCAAAUGGACAUUGCGUUGCCCAGCUUGUAAAACAAGUCUUUAUAAACGGACUGCACACUAUCUACAGCGGCAUGAAUGUAUCCAAUUUUUUACAAAAGUUUAUGGAUAUAAUCCACUACUUUUUACUCAACUUCGAGUGGAUUCGGUACUGUUCAAGACACGUCUGCCAAGUAAUCAUCAGAAAUGUUUCAAAUAUGUUUAA